AUGGGGAGCUAUGGGCUUGAGUCCAAGGAUGGCAGGGACAUUGUCAUUGUCAUGCUUGUUUUUGGGUGGAUCUCAAUAGCUUCUACGGUUCUCCGAGUUAUAUCGCGAAGGAUGAGAGAUGUUAGCCUGGCAGCGGAAGAUUACAUGAUGAUGAUUGCGACAUGUAUGGUGGUAGCAUCGACAAUAGUGGUUAUUAUGACGGUUACUAAGGGAGGCGUGGGAUUGCAUGCGCUAAAGCCAGUCGCUUGGGCAGAUAUUGAAUUUGUACUGAAGAUGAUUAUCGUUUGUCAAUGUCUAUAUGGCGUGGGCCUUGCUAUUGUCAAAACGGCAAUGAUGACCCUCUACUAUAAGCUGUUUGGGACCAAGAAAAGCAUGCGGAUUGCCAUCUACGUAACAGGUGCAAUCGUAUGGCUUUGGGCUUUGAGUAUCGUUCUCGAGUCUUUUCUUAUUUGUCAACCCAUCCCCUACAAUUGGAAUCCUACAAUACCGGGAGGUGGAUGUGGGAACCGGAACGCAGCUUUCGUGGUGGCAGGUGUUUUGAACAUGGUUACCGAUCUUAUGGUCAUGGCUCUUCCAAUUCCCUAUAUUAUCAAGCUCCAACUGCCAGUUGGGCGGAAAGUAGGAUUGAUUGUCGCAUUCUCUUUGGGACUGUUUGUCAGUGCUAUUAGUAUGGUUCGCGUGGUCAGCCUCAUGCGCAUCAAUUUUGCGGAUGUUACCUACACGCUUCCAAUUCCUCUCAUGUGGAGUAUAGUCGAAGAGCAACUCGCUAUUGUUGCAGCGAACGUGCCACUUCUCCGACCUGUUUUCUCGGCAAUCACCCCCAGUAGAUGGCUGGGCUCUUCGGAUCGCGGAACAGGACCAUCUUACGACUUUGGACUCAGAAAAGGCUCCUCUAAAAAUUACCCCCUUACUCGUAUGGAUCAGGGCGUCAACAAGAUUGAAGUCACUUCGCACCAAUCAAAGGGUAGUAGACAAGUUACGACCCCUAGGUGGAGUGAUGAUGGUGUGGACGGAAGGUCAGAUACAGGGUUGACCUUGAAUGGAGCACCGCCCGACGGCAUUCAUAUGUGGCAAGACUUUCGAGUUGAUGAGACUAGUUCAAAAUAA